AUGCACCAGUUGUUCAGCCUGGUGCUGGGCCAGAGGGACCUGUCCAGAGCAGGGGACCUCUUCUCUUUGGAGGACGUGGACAUCGAGGAUUGUCUGUCUCAAGCUCUGGACCAAAUUAAAGCCAUCUCUUGCUCUGCUGAUUAUUUGACCAGCGACAAUGACCAGGCCGUGGUGGAGAUCUGUAUCACCCGCAUCACCACCGCGAUAAGAGAGACAGGCUCCAUAGAGAGACACAGUACUGCUCUGGUGGCCCUGUGGGAGUCCUGUCUGGAGCAUAACCUCACUCCACAGCGGGAAAGCACAGAGGACACACCUCAUGCUAAGAUCGCUUCGGACAUCACCAGCUGUAUCCUGCAGAACUACAGCUGCCCCUCGGUGAUGGCUUUAGCAGUCCCUGUGGCAGUGCGCUUCCUCCAGAGAGGGAACAAGGAGCUGAGCCGGAACAUGUCCAGUUACCUCUCUCUAGCCGCCAUCGCCAAAGCAGAUCUCCUGUCGGACCAUGCAGAGGCCAUCACCCUCAGUGUGCUGGGAGGUAACCACAUGCUACUGCGGGUCCUGCCAUCGAUCUACCCCAGACAACCAGAUGUCCUGCACCGUCACCUGGGCAACCUGACGGACAUGAUGCCAAGGCUCCAGCCACCAGAGCAGCAGCAUCUGCUGAGGCUCAUUCAAAUGGUGGCAGAGCAGCACCCACUAAUGCUGAGCCCCCAUGUCCCUGCUCUGGUCAGUUACCUUCUGGACCAAUCUCUAGCAGAGGCUCUUUUGGGAACACUGGUGGAUGUUUCUCAGGCCAGUCCCUCGUCAUUGGUCAGCUUUCUGCCUGCACUACGGGUCAUGGCUCAUCAGUGCCCAAAUUUUUUGGGGCACAUUUCCAAAAUGUAUGGUGCUGUGGGCAUUAUUAAUGAGUCCCAGGCCCACAGCUCAUUGGUCUUCCUGGUGUCCCUCCUGGGGAGCCUGGAGCACAGUUUUCACCAUACUGUGCUGCAGGAGAUCAGAGCUUUGAGUGACCGCUACCCCCUGCUGCUGGGAGGCUGUGGCAAAGACAUCUACAGGAUGAGCAACUCCUUCACUGCCAUGGCCCGGGUGCUGGGGAAGCGGCUGGAGGACAGUACUGCAUUACACUGCAGGGUAAACAAAGAAGGACAGCCGUUUCCUUGUGGGUCAUCUCCAGGACCAGGACAGCAGUUGGAGGUGAAUGUCCAGGGUUUUGGUGUAAAACCGGGGUCAGAGGUCACAGAGGGGGGAGACACUCCGGGGCCCCAGCGACGCUACAGCCUGAGCCAAGCACUACGAGACGAGCGGCAUGAGAUGAGAUUUAACAGAUCAAAGAGUCUUGCCCUCCAUAUUGUGCGUUCCCGCUCCAUAAGUUCCGACACGGGGGAGGACAGCACUGACCCAGAGCUCCACCUGGACACUGUUUGUUUGUUAAGUUCAGACUCCGGAGCAGAAGCAACUUUGAGCUCUGAGAACACAUCCACACCCGGCAAUCAGGACUCCCUACAGUCUCCAGAGGUGACCAAGGUAACCGAGGCAACAGGCAGAGACAUGUGUGAGGCUGUGACAGGACAAAGCACAGAGGAUGAGGCUCCGAAAGAUGAGCCAGAGAAAGAUAGACUGUUCAUUCAUCUAAGAGACAACAUGGAUCUCAUCAGGGAGUUCUGCCAGGACACCAUGAGGAGGAUUCCCAUCCCAGAGGAGUGCAGCAUUGAAGAUUCAAAUCGAGGAUGUGUUGCCAAGUUGUCCUUUUCCUGCCCUCUGAAAGGUCACUACUGUCUGUACACCAAGUCCUGCUUCAGCCUGACAAGCCGACAGCCGCACCAGUGGAUACACAUCAUGUUGCUACAUCUACAGAGUAUGUCGAAUGCUCCUCUGUGCUCCAAACAUGAGUGUGUGCAGAGACUUGCAGCUCUUUGGGAGAAGACCAAACUUAAAGGGGCUCACAGCUUCACCCUGGCUAUGACACAACACAGCACUCUGCAUAGAAAGGACUUGGACAGUCUCCAGACCCAGCUGGAGGAGGUGCGCUUCUUUGACCUCUUUGGCUUCAGUGAGGAGCACCGGGGAUGGCUGUGCUUCAUGUGUAACAACCCAGAAAAGGCCACGGUUGUGAAUCAGGAUGGACAGCCACUGAUAGAAGGUAAACUAAAGGAGAAACAGAUCAGAUGGAGAUUUAUCAAGCGCUGGAAGACACGCUAUUUCACUCUGGCUGGGAACCAACUCCUCUUCCGCAAGGGGAGCAAAUCAAAAGAUGAGAUGGAUGACAUUCCCAUUGAGCUGAGCAAGGUCCAAAGUGUUAAGGUGGUAGCAAGGAAGCGUCGUGACAGGGGUCUACCACGGGCCUUUGAGAUCUUCACAGACAGUAAGACAUACGUGCUCAAAGCUCAGGACGAGAAGCACGCAGAGGAGUGGCUGCAAUGCAUCAAUGUGGCUGUGGCCCAAGCCCGAGAGCGUGAGAACCGUGAGGCCACCACGUACCUCUGAGUUAAACCUGACAACACUAUGAACACUAUCGCCAUGGC